UGCGCAUGCGUGGACUUCGCGCCGGGUUGGUUGUACAUACACGGGUAGUGCUGGACGUGCACAGAGACUAACCCCAGCUGGGCUUUAAAGCAGAAGAUCCUAUAUUAUGAAAUAACCGCAGAAGUUCACGCCAGCUGUGGCGGGGAUUCCGUCCACGAACGACUCCUUGCUGAGUAAGUCAGCUCACCUGCCGAGCCCUGAGCCGUGACUGGACCUGCUGGGUUUCAUGUCUUUGUCCCAAAGAGAAAAGCAAGUAGCAACCGUGCGUUGAAAGGGAGCUGCAGAGGAAAAUGUCAGAGGUCACCGCAGCAAAGCGCAAAGAGAAGUGCGAGAACUGCACCAAACAGUGCAACAAGAAGCAGAGUGAUGACGAUGCCAUCUUAAGCGCAGACAGAGAGGAGGGCAAUGGACAGUUGCCUGAAGGCCCCCAGUUGUUGCUGAGCGCGUGUCUCUCCUGCGAAGGAUGUCUGUCAGACGAGGAAAGCCUGAAGAUCUCUCAGCAGAGUCUGGAGGAAGUGGAGCGGGUUCUGGCGCUCAACAAGAAGUGUGACGCGUCCAAGCACAGGGUGCUGGUGGCGUCGGUGUGUCCGCAGUCUCUGCCUUUCUUUGCCGUCAAGUUUGGGCUGGACGUCACUGAAGCCGCACAGAAACUCUGCAGCUUCCUCAAGAGCCUCGGAGUGCAGUUUGUGUUUGACACCACGCUGGCGGCGGGUUUCAGCAUCUUGGAGACUCAGAAAGCGUUCGUCCAGAGGUAUCGCAGGAGGCACCACGACUCCCAUGCCUUGCCCAUGUUCACCUCCUCCUGCCCAGGUUGGAUCCGCUACGCAGAGCGAGUCCUGGGCAGUCUAGUGACUCCUCAUAUCUGCACAGCCAGAUCUCCUCAGCAAAUCAUGGGGUGCCUGGUCAAAGACUUCUUCUGCAAACAGCAGAAGCUGAGUCCAGAGAAAGUCUACCAUGUGGUGGUGGCUCCCUGCUUCGAUAAGAAGCUGGAGGCCGUCAGAGAGGAGUUCUACAACAGUCUGAUGGAGACCAGGGACGUGGACUGCGUCCUCACCUCAAGGGAGAUUUAUCACCUGAUGGAGCAGAGGAAGGUGGCAGUGGAGGAGCUGGACUCUGUUCCACUGGACCAAGUGCUGGGAGAAGCUGGAGACGCAGCGCUGGCGAGACAUGACGGCAGAGGCUCCGAAGGCUUCCUGGAACACGUGUUAAAGCACGCUGCUAAAGAGCUCUUUGGUCUGGACGUCCAGGAGGUGACGUACAAGACCCUCAGGAACCGGGACUUCCAAGAGGUGACGCUGGAGCGGGACGGGGAAACGCUUCUGCAGUUCGCCGCCGUCUACGGUUUCCGCAACAUCCAGACCUUAGUGCAUCGUAUGAGGAAGGGACGCGUGCCGUAUCAGCUGGUGGAAGUGCUGUCCUGUCCAGGAGGGUGCCUAAGCGGCCGAGGUCAGGCGGAGAGCGAGGCGACGGGUCGCGUGGAUAAAGCGCUGGUGCAGCAGAUGGAGGAGGUCUACAGCAGCCUCCCGGUGCGACUGCCAGAAGUAAACCUCACCCUGAAAACUCUUUAUGAAGACUGGCUGCAGGGUCAGGACUCGCUGCAAGCCAGCAGACUGCUGCACACAGAGUACCGAAGCCAGAACCAGAUCCACACGCAGCCCCCGCACAUCCAGUGGUGAAGUUUUCUUUCUUGUAACAUAUCAAUAAGCUGGCCACUUCUGAUUCUGCAUGGGGCCCCUCAUAUACAUUUAUAUAUAUAUCAGUGAAGCACACACUGUGGACAACCUCAGACUCAAUAGAUCAUCUAUUUGUGUGGCCACAGGGGGGCGCUGUCGGUGCUUGUUAAAUGUGAACGUGAGAUUUAAGGGUUCGGAGUCCAGAAAAAUAAACCCUCUCUAUUUUAGCUGAGCGAAACAGUAAAGUCAAUAAGAUGUGUUAAUGGUAAAUAAAUAAAGUAGGAACAGAA